AUGAUGGCUGCCGUGGCGUGUGUUGCAGCCGUAGUCCUGGCGCUCUCGUUCUUCAUAUGCGUGCGGCAGCGGUAUAUGUUGCACAUUAGCCGUGCCGCCAACGUCAAGCUUUUUCUCGAUCUCUCCGAGGCAAUACAGGGCGAACUGCUCGCCGAAAGGCACAGUGAUGGUGUCGUGUUCAAGAGAGACUACAACUACAAGACGCGCAACAACAGCCGCAACGCUUCGAAAUUCGGACGCUCUUGCAGUCUUGGGAGCGUCAGCAUUGGCAGUGGCAGUAGCCCCAAUAAUAAACAGCUGGGUGGGCUCAUGAACAUAUUUACACCAGGCUCUAUUCACGCCGAUGGCAGAAAGAAUGCCAAGGAGGCUCUCGACCUGAGAGAGAACAUGUGGCGUUGGGUGGUCGACCCUGAGGGCACCUUGAGCACCACCGACGACUGCUUGCAUUCUGCUGUUAAGGUGUUGGUCUGCCUAAGCUUGAAAUCCGAAGCUCCGAAGCGACCGUCUCAGCAAAAAUUCGGGUACCUUUCGCAGGCACGCUCAGGUAGUGGACUCUCACUUGGCACCAGCGGCAUGCAUCUUCCGCACAUAAGUAGCUCGCUCGGUUCAGAUUCCUCAGCCGAGAAAUCGAGAAGCGACAGGGAGCACUGCGCGCGGGUCGUGUCCAACACGCUGCUCAGGCUGUGCAAGAAUGCCAUGCUCGAUGCCGUUGACGUACGGUGUUGCAUUGUGGUCGACGCUGGACAUGUACCUGGCUUCGUUAAGAGUGAUGCGCCAGUGCUCCAGAGCGGCCACAACGACCAUCUGAUCGUCGCCGACAUACUUCCGCUCAUGUGCGACGCGGCCGACUACUGCAUUUUGGUUUUCGAUGAUGGCGACUCGCUGAGCACCAUCCCCCAGAGCAGAGAACUCUCUGCGAGCAGGGCGGUGUCGUCGCGGGAUAUCGGCAACACUGCUUUGAAUGAGGUGUCCCGCAUGUCAUCAGCACAAGGACACGGGCACACGGCGGAUUUGUUUCUCUGGCAUGCGUCAUCAAAGAAACCGUUUGGACCUGCGGUUUAUCUUGCCGGCCUCGCAGCAUUGACACUGAAGUCUGAUAGGCAGUCGUACGUGCAGAUCGGAGUAGACGAUGAUGGCGACAUUUCGCUCGAGAGUCUAGUGCCCUACAGCCAGCGGUUCGAGAAGAACCCUGCGACGUUGCAGUUGAACUCCGAGGUCGAUGGCGUCGAGCUGCACGGGGGACUCCUCUGCCUGUGGGCACUGAACGUGAGCCACGGAUCCUUCGGCUUCGUCCGCGACGCGGCGCCAGUCAUGGCGGAGAUGGGGCACCUGAGGAGCAACAACUGGUGGUCAUGCCUGGCGUGUAGGCGGCGAGCUGGGUUCACCGUGUCCCUCAGCGACGAUAUUCUGCAGUUCUUCCAUUCGUUCCGGCAGCAGGAACCGAUCGAUUCUCAUAGACAGCUGGCGAGAUCCUCGAAGAGAAGUACUCUGGCUUUUGCCUCGCGUUUCUCGAACGGCGCGUCGUCGAUGACGACGCGCCUCGGGACGACGGCCCGCGCGCAGCUCCUGCACAGCUUGAAGGCCAGCCUGACGCGCAGGGCAAUGAUAUCGCGGUACUUGCGACUCUAUGGGAGAACUAAGGAUAAUAAUUGCGAGUGGGUGUCGGUCGCUUCAGUGUGUGAUACCAGUUCGCGCUUCACCAUUCCGUCCAGCCAUCCUGUGGCUUUUCAGUUGCACAGCGUCGCAAAGGACGUCGACUUUUUACUCGACAUGGGCGCGAGCGCCAUCCUGGAUCAUAUCCAGCGGUACAUGACGCUCGAGGACCUUGCAGAUCGCAUCCAAGGCUUUCUGGUUGCAUACCUGCGCAGGGUGAACGGAUUUGGUGACAAGGACCUCGCCCACAGGGACCAGCUCGCGGCCUUCGAGUUGUACACGGCCGCAGCAGAAGGGCACCGUGGCGGACCUUGUCGACGUUGUCAGCGAUUUCCUUUGCAACAAAGCCGAAAUGCGCGGCUACCAGAAGGUCACGAAGGCCUUGUCGACCCCGCUGGGUGA